UUCUUGUUUCAUCAUAGCAAUACAUGAAAUAAUAGAUAAUCAAACUACAAUAUAAGACUACUAGAUAAAAAAUAUUUUUUUAUCAAUUGCAUUUUUUUAUUAGCUUGUUAAAUACUUUUCGGAAUAUUGGAUUUCCAGUUUGCUUAUCGUGUAAUUUAAAAUCGUCUCUUUAUAUACAAAAGGAUUAGAAUGAACUUUGUAAGUUUGAGUGACAGGCCUUCCUACGUUAUGCACACCUCCGGUUUAAUUUUAGGUCCCGGAAUUAAAAUUAAAUUAUAUGAACAAGCUUUGACAUAUAUACCAGAAAAUGAUGACGUUUUCAUAGUCACGUAUCCAAAGUGUGGCACCACAUGGACUCAAAACAUCCUGUAUUUGGCAAAGAACAAUGGACAACCUCUUGAAAUGGGACAAAAUAUAAAUCACUACGUGCCCCAUUUGGAGGAUGAUGGUAAAGAUGUCGUCGAAAAAUUACCCAGACCAAGAAUCAUUAAAACGCAUUUACCGUUCCAUUUGAUUCCUAAAAACAAACAAGCAAAAUACAUUUACAUUGCAAGAAAUCCUAAAGAUUGCUGCGUGUCAUUUUUUCACCACACUAAGGGUUUUAAAAGGUAUAAUUUUGAAGAUGGCACAUUUGAUGAAUAUUUUGAGCUAUUCUUGUCUGGUAAAGUCGAUUCAGGUGAUUAUUUUGAUAACUUAUUAUCUUGGUAUGAACAUAGAAAUGAUCCCAAUGUUCUAUUUCUCUUAUACGAAGAUAUGAAAACGGAUAUUCAUAGCUGCAUUAGGAAAAUGGGCAAUUUUCUUGGUGGCUCCUUCCAGCAGGCAACUGAGGAUUCGGUUAUAUUAGACAGUAUUGUUCAGCACAGCAACUUUGAUACAAUGAAAAACACUCCUGCCAUGUGGGCAUCAGAGAGACCAAAACAUGUUUCUCCUUUUAUUAGGAAAGGUAAAGUCGGUGAUUGGAGAAAUCACUUUUCAGAUGAACAAUCCAAAAGACUGGAUCAAAAAUUCGAUCAAAAACUUUCUGGUACCGGAGCUGAAUUUUUGUGGAAAAAUUAUGAUUGUUAGUUUAGUAAGAAAAAUAAAUGUGUAUGCCAAUUUA